UCGGAAUUCUAUAUAAGUUCAAACAAUUCACACCAGCAAAAAUAGUAUUUGAGUCAAGAUUCAGUUGUACGGUUAUUAGAUUACGUUAGGAAUAAUGCGGCAUUUGCUGAUAUUAUGCGCUUUGAUUGCAUUUGCCUUGGCUGCACCUGCAUUAGACAAAGAUGAUGGAAAAUCUCAGGGUAUCGGUUUACAAAGACCAAGUCCAAUAAACCCGCAUAUUGCUGGAGAGUCCAAACCCGCUGAUAAAAUUACAAAAAUUACAGAUCCCAAAGAAAUUGCUAAGUAUCAACCGGAGAGUAAAAUAAAAAAUUCAGUUGCACCACAAAAAACAAUUUUGGUUACAACUAACGCACCAAAACACCGUCAAAAACGCGAUGAACCUCUAAAGGAAACUAUAAAAACCCUGGAAAAAAUAGAAACUGCUGCAGAAGAUGCUCGCUUGCAACUAGAAUCUACUAUUUCUGAAACAGAAAAAGUUCCAGCAAAAUUGCCAAUUGAUGUUGUCGCGCACGACGUAACUACCGAACGUCCGUAUCCCGAUGUAAAACGUGAAAUUAAAGAGAAACCUGUAGCUGAACCAUCAAGUCCACAGGAACAAAUAACUUUCGCUAAACCACAAACUUUACCUGCCAUAUUAGCUGUUGAUCCCAUAUAUCAAAUUAAUACAGAACAAUUGCAUACCCUUGUCAAACGUGAAACUCCACUAAAACCUGAAGCUGAAUCUACAAAUCAGGAGGAAAUAACUCUCGUUAAACCACAAAUUCUUCCUGCUAUAUUGCCAGCUGAUGAUCCUGCGCAUCACUUAAAUUUACAUAAUUCACAUACUGGUGUUAAGCGUGACAUUCCUGUACCAUUAGUUGCCAAACAUGCACAUCCAGAAGACUCAGCUGUUGAUAAUAAAGCAGCAGAAUCACAAAAGGAGGAGAAAUUAUCCACAGAAGUUGUUAAGCCACAAAUAGGUGAUGUGCAAGUUGAAGACUUAAGUGAUAAAGUACCUGCACAAUUACCUCAGGAACACCAUUUGCAACAACAACAUGAACAUAUCCAUCACAAAUCACAUGAAUUUCAUCCAGAACACGUAUACACACAUCCUCGCAAAGAAGUCGAUGAUAAAAAAGUAGAAACAACAUCAGAUUCAUCGACCACCUCUACUACAGUACAUCCAAUCAUCAGACCACAUCCGGUUCCUGUGGCAGAAUUAUUUGCAAGACCAAAGCAAUAAUCAGACCUUCAA